AUGGCUCCACAGACUGGCCCCAGCGAGAAGGGGACAGGACCUGUUCCGGCCUUUCCACAGCUUUUCACUUGGGAAGAGAUCAGGAUCCACAACGGCCGCGGGCAGGGCCGGGAGCAGUGGCUGGUGGUUGACAGGAAGGUUUAUGAUGUCAGCCAGUUUUCCAAGAGACAUCCCGGGGGCAGCCGGGUUAUCAGCCACUAUGCCGGGCAGGAUGCCACGGAUGCCUUUGUGGCAUUCCACAACGACAAGACCCUGGUGAAAAAGUACCUGAAAUCUCUGCUGAUUGGGGAGCUGGCACCUGAUCAACCCAGCUUUGAGUCUAAUAAAAAGAAAUCCCUCUUGGAGGAUUUUCGUGAGCUGCGCUGCGCCAUUGAGAAGAUGGGACUUCUGAGGCCCAAUUACUUCUUCUUCUUCCUGAUUUUCCUUCACCUCCUGGUGCUGGAUGCUGCAUCCUGGCUCGUGCUCUGGUACUUUGGCGUAUCCCUGGUGCCUUUCCUGGUUGGCAUGGUGUUCUUCACCACUGCCCAGAUCCAGAUGGGCUGGUUCCAGCACGAUCUGGGGCACUGCUCUGUCUUCAGGAAGCCCAGGUGGAAUCGUCUCCUGCAGAUUGUGGUGAUAAACAUGCUGAAGGGGCUGCCUGCCAGCUGGUGGAACCAUCUGCACAACCAGCACCACGCCAAGCCCAACUGCUUUCGCAAGGACCCCGACCUCAACAUGCACCCUCUGCUCUUCAGCCUGGGAAAGACCCUCUCCCUGGAGCUUGGAAAGCAGAAGAAGAAGUUCAUGCCUUACAAUUACCAGCACAAGUAUUUCAUCUUGCUGGCCCCACUCGCCCUCAUACCCUUCUUCCAGCUGUCAACAAUAUACUUUGCAAUCAAGAGGAAAAAGUGGUUGGACCUGAUAUUGGUUGUGACUUUCAACAUCCGAGUCUGCCUCAUGUAUGUUCCUUUAAUGGGUUUUAAAACCUUCAUGAUAUACUACUGGCUGUCCAGGUACCUUGAGAGUAGCUGGUUUAUUUGGGUGUCCCAAAUGAACCACAUCCCAAUGAACAUUGAUUAUGACAAGAACAAAGACUGGGUGUCCACUCAGCUCCACGCAACCUGCAACGUGAACCAGUCUGUGUUCAAUGACUGGUUCACUGGGCACCUGAACUUCCAAAUCGAGCAUCACCUGUUCCCCACAAUGCCUCGGCACAACUACUGGAAAGUGUCUCCCCUGGUGAAAAGCCUCUGUGACAAGCAUGGCAUUGAGUACAAAAGCAAGACUUUGCUGACAGCCUUUGUAGAUAUUUUGCAUUCCCUGAAGGAUUCUGGGGAGCACUGGCUGGAAGCAUAUCUGCAUGGAUAG